CGACGAACUUCACUCGGUUGGUUUGUGUCAACGCAUGAAAGUGUACAUGUCAUAUGUUGCAUCUUGCACUUAGAAAAACACAAAAGUGUGGUCUUUUGCCGAAUUUAUUUUACAUGAAUGCUAACCAAAGUGCACAAUGAUAAUCGAGCAACCUGAAGCGUUUAAAACAUGGCUAUCGGCUGUUUUGAAACCGAUGUGCGAUGCAGAUCCUGCAGCGCUUGCAAAGUACGUUUUGGCUUUGAUAAAGAAAGAUAAAUCCGAAGAGGAGCUCCACCGGAUUAUGGUGGGUCAGUUGGAGGUUUUUUUGGAAAAUGAGACUGAAUCUUUUGUAAAUUUAGUAUUACGUACGCUGGAAACGCAGGAUUAUAUUACCACGCCAGUUAUACCAAACACAAAUCCUCCAAAUCCAAUUAUGAUGAAAACAACCAAAGAAACGAAACCAAUUGUACAUCCUAGCGAACUACCCAAUUUAAGUGAAGCGGUUAAUGGCUCGAGUGUCGCCCGAAAAGAGCAGGAAUCAAAACGGGACCGAGAAAUGAGGAAGAGCGACACUUCAGACAAAGAAGAUAAGUCCCGCGUUCGGUCCCGGCACCGUUCGUCCUCACGCAAUCGUUCGCGUUCCCGUUCAUGGGAUCGUUCAAAACGUUCGAAAUCACGCGAUCGCGACCAACAUCGUCUCGAUCGUGAAAAACGUGACCGUCCACGCGCUUGGCGAAACAAAUCACCGCCACGACGAUUCGAUCGACGACGCUCCAGAACACCGUCUCCAUCGAGAGGACGUUCACGGUCUCGAAGCCCUAAACAUCCACACAGAGGUGGUCGGUACCGAAAUAGGACGCCACCGCGGAGCACAAGCCGCAGCAGGUCUCGAUCAGCGGAAAAAUCCCGCAAAGACUCUUUCAAAGAUAAAGAUGCCAAAGAGGGUCAUUCACGACCUGGCACACCUACACAAGAUUCGAAUCAUGGCGAUAUGGAUCUACGAUUGACGAAUAGCACCCAAAGUAUACAGAGUGUUGUAGUACAACAAAAUUCAAAGAGAAGAUGUAGGGAUUUUGAUGAGAAGGGAUAUUGCAUGCGAGGCGAAAUGUGUCCAUUUGAUCAUGGCGUAGAUCCGGUGGUUUUAGAAGAUUCAGCACUCAGUAGCGUUUUGACCUAUAAUCCUAACGCUCCGCCCACUGAUGUACCUCCCAUUGGAGCCCCACUUUUAAACGCGGCUGGCCAUGGAAUGAUGGGACCCAGAGGCUUACCACCAGAAUACAACCCGCAAGCACCGUCAAUGUGGACUGGGAGGAGUGGAGGUGGCGGUGGGUUCAGGGGGCCCAGGCCGAUGGGAAUACCAAGGGGUCCGAUGAUGGGCGCCUUCCCCAACCAGCCGAACAUGCAACGUGAGCUGAUCCCGGUGCCAGUGAUGGACAACAAACAACCAGAACAGUACCCACCGAUGGGUUUCCGUCAACAGUCGAAUUACGCCGGUAAUAACACCAGUGACCACGAGGCACCAUUCAAAAAGAAAAGUUUCGAUUUUAAUCGUCUAGGUCCAAGAUCAAAAAAUCCAGCAAACUGUUCAUUAGAAUUGAAAAAAAUCCCACAAGGACUCAACACCAUCACACACUUGAACAACCAUUUUUCGAAAUUUGGAAAACCGGUCAACAUCCAAGUGAACUAUGAAGGUGAUCCCGAAGCAGCGAUCGUCACUUUUUCUAGUCACGCUGAAGCCAACGCCGCCUAUCGCAGCACUGAAGCUGUGCUCAACAAUCGAUUCAUUAAGGUUUUCUGGCACAAUGGCAGUUUGGAAGGUAAACAGGAGAACGUCCCUCCGCGUUCGGUUAAAGAUCGUCUAGGGGUUUCGGCUAUUGUGCCGCCAAAUACUAACAAAGUCCUCAAUUUAGUUCAGCCACGAGCAGAUAAUGUAAGCGAAGGUGAAACGCAAGAUAAAAGCGGAAAAACAGCGACUGGAAAUAAAGAAGAAACUAAAGCACAAGCAGCUGCUGCGAUCAAGAAAAAUCAAGAACUUCUUGCCGCCAAAGAAAAACUCAAAAAGAAUCAAGAUGAACAGAGGAAGGAAGUGCUGAAAAUUAAAAAUAAUCUCAGAAAGAGGAAACAGGAACUGCUCGAAAAACAACUGUCGCAACAGAAGAUCCUGAUCGAAAAAAUGGAGAAAUUACCUCCUGGUCCGCAACGCGACCACAUAAUGGAGACGAUCAAAAAAACGCAAGAAUCAAUCGAAAGUAUCAAAAAAGACCUCCUUCAGUCGGUUUUAACGGCAAAAACAGCGCCCCAAAAGAAAGCAAAGGAAGACGUUCAAAGAGAAAUGCUCGAUGCUGAAUUAGAUUUGAUUACUAAGCAGCAAGAAGGUGCUGAUACUUCGGAAAUACAAAAGAAAUUAUUUGAGUUGAAAGCUCGUGCUGCUAUGACUAGAGGACGAGGUCGAGGCAGAAGAUACAAUCAAAUCAGUCGGCAUUUGUUAAGCAAGAACAAUCUGAUUGAUAAUGGAGGUCUCAAAGGUAACAUAAAGACGGUGAAUAAAACAGCGUUCCAGAAACAUACAGUUGAUCAUAGGCCUACUCGAUUGUUAGUGUCUGGGUAUGAGGCGGACGAGCAAGAAAGCGUUCUGAAUCAUUUUCAAUUGUUUGGAGAGAUCGCCGAUUACGUCGUCGAUUCAACUUUGCCGAGCAUUACAUUGAACUACAAAACACGUAAAGAAGCCGAGAUGGCGCUACUAAAAGGCAAACAUUUUCAGGACCGUACUUUGUCCAUCACAUGGUGCAGCGGAGUUUCGCUAAACAACCAAUCAAGACCGGCCACACGUACAGUUUUAAUGUCCGAAUCGGAAGAGGAUCGAUUAAUUGAGCAAAGUUUACCAGAAGGAGAAGAAGAUCUGGGGCCGGAGCUAUCCGAGGAAGCCUUGCUUCAAGACGAUGAAGAAGAGGACGAUGAAAGCGAGGAUCGGUCAUGGAGGCGAUAGUUUAACAUUUGGUGGCCAUAUUUGUUUUUCACCUGUCAUUAGUUUAAAAGUUGUAUAAUUUUUGCCCUUAUUAUUUUACUUUUGAAGUUUGCUUGCUUGUAAAAAUUUUAUGGUGUAUAACUGUAUAGUGGUGAUUUUCAAAUAAUUUUAUUUUUGCUUUUCUAUUGUAAGCUAUGAAUUUGUUUUUGGACGAGAUACAUAUUCUUCAUAUAAAACACACAUGAAAACAAAUUCUUAGUGGUUUGUUUGUUUGUUUAUAACAUAAGACGUUAUCAGUAAGAAAAAAAAAGAUGCCCCCACUUAAAGAAAAAAUAAAAAUAAAUGAAAAAAUAUACUAAAAAAAUAGAACAAUUUUAGAAAACAUUAAAUGAGAAAAAAUGUUGAUGUAUUUGUAUAUUUUAUUAUAUUUACAUAACAUUCGGGGGCAUCAAAAAAAUUACAA